GCGGAGUUUAUCAACAGUGCUUAAACUAACUAAUUACAAAAGUAGUCAUUAAUGUCUACCAACGAUAAUGAAAGCGACAAUUCUGUGCGUGGGAAAGUGUCGCUGUCGCUCUCACUGGCACAAAUUAAAGGUCCAGUAUCAUUAACUCCGACAUCUAUAUUACCAUCCAGUAGUGGACCAACCUUAGCUCUUAACUUAGAGAAUGUUAGUAAAGGAGUAACGAGAGCAAUUGAUUAUACAUCAGAUCAAUUAUUAAGUUCAGGACCUCGACUAUCAGUAGUUAGUUCUGGUUCUACUUCAGAUUACUUAUUACAACGUCAAAUUAGUCAGGAGGAAUAUGAAGGAUUAACCGAGGAUUUCGAAGGAGACGAAGAUGAUGAAACUGAAGAUCAUGAUACUGAAGAACUACAUAAUAUAAUAAGUGAUAUUAUACGAUAUGAACGUAAUAAUACUAUUAAUGUUAAUUCACUUAUGUCAGAAAUAUCUUAUCUUGAUUUGGAUAUGUUCCCUAAUCCUGAUGGGUUAGUUGAUGAAAUGGCUUAUUAUAGACAACAUAUUGAACCUAGUAAAUCUGAUAGUCAACAAGAAUUUCAUUAUAAGAAUAAGCAUUUCUUUAUAUUCUCAUUAGCGGGGAAACCUAUCUAUAGUUUUAAUGGAUCAGAUGAAAUUAUAAUGGGAUAUAUGGGGAUAUUAACUACGAUAAUCUCUACAUUUGAAGAGAAUAUUAAUGAAGAAAUUAAAUCCAUAAUGGUGGGUGAUAGACUUAAAAUAGUUGCACUUAAUAAGAAUCCAAUUGUGUUGGUAUCUAUUUCAUCCAUCAGUUAUGAAUUAAUGGCUUUAAAUAAAUCAGAUUUGGGUUUAGAAUUAGAUGAUGAAAUUCAAACUAAUGAUGAUAAGGAAGAAAAUCAUACCAUUAGAAGUAAAGAAGAUUUGAUUCUAAUCAACCAGUUAAGUACUAUAUACAAUUAUUUAUUAUCUAUACUUUCAAAGCCGGUCAUUGAAAGAAAUUUUACAAACAGAAUGAAUUAUGAUUUACGAAGGAUCUUGACUUCAUUAGAUUUUCAGAAUAUCGAUGCUUUAUGUAUGCGAUUGAGUUAUGGAUUACCUAUAACCAAGGAAAUUGAUAAUAACUUACUAGAUACUUCAAGUUUUGGUUUUUUCAUUAGUGAAUUAUUAGAUUCAUCAAUACAAAGUAUAAAUAUCACCAAUACAACAAGAACAAGGUUAAAUAACAUAUUAUUAUCUUGUAAGAAGCUAAAGAUAAAACAACCAGAAGAAGUCAAGUCCGAUGCGAUUUCAUCCUACUUUUCUAGUGUAACAUCUUCAGCCGUAGAAGAAAAGUAUUUAGCUGAAGAUUUAUUAUUUUCAUUAUUAUCUACUUCCAAUAAAAUCCUUGGAUAUAUGAAACCAAAAAAUCAUUCGUUAUCUAAUGAUGAUCUUAAAAUAGUAUUAAAUUUAAUUAGUUCUAGUCUGAAUUCUUUACAAUUUACUGAAGACUUAUGGGUACCAUUAUGUUUACCAAAUUUUAAUCCUAAUGGAUUUUUAUAUGUAUUUGUUAAACGAAUCAAUUUAUCAGAUUAUUUUAAAUCAGGAAUUCAAGUUCAACCAUUAGACAUUGUACUCAUAAGUAGUAACAAGAAUUCAUUCUAUCAAAUGCAAGAAGUUUCCAUUCAUAUAAUUUAUAUGAUUAUUAAAAAUGUGGAUGUUUUAAAUACCCUUACACAAGAGUUAAUUAGUUCAAGUAAAUUAUCCAUAUAUAAGGAUAUUAAAGUUCCAACCAUCAAACAUUUCAUUUACAAAUUAAAAAAAUCUAAUCAGUUUAUUAUGAAUGAUAUAAUCCAUGUCAAUAACGAUAGAAGUAUGAAUAGUAUAUUACAAUUGAUAUAUUUUUACUCGGUAUUACAUAAUACUAAAUCAGUCAAGAUUAGAAGUAAAUUAAGGUCAACAUAUAAUAAGUCAAAUAUAUCAUCAACUACAAUCCCAUCUGCUACUUUAUCUGCUAUUCCAAAUAUGAAAUUAACAUACACUCGAUGGAAUUUUCCUCAUACAUCAGUUACAGGGUUUAUGUUAUCUGAUAAUGAUUAUGAGUUCUAUUGUCUUUGUAACGUUCCUGUAAGUUCUAAAGAUUUAAUCACCCAUACCUUAAAGAUCAUAAAAUGGUGUGAAAAGAAUAAAAAGCGUUUAUUUUUUGGAUCGGGAGUAGUAUUUUGAAAAUUUUGGUUUCUAUAUAUAU